CUAGAAUGGAAGUCGAACGGCGUGCGCGUAUAUUCAUUGUCUACGGCCUAGCUUAUAUCUGACAUAAGCUCACGAGGAGAAUUUUCACGAAAGGUUUUACCAGCAACUAUAUAUUUUGGCAUACAUUUUUCUACGUUAUGAGUAACUUAUACAUAUAUUAUAUGAAAAAACUUCUCAAUUAGCAAAGAGGCAAUGGAAAACUCGUCGACAGGAUUAGAGGAUUACGUCCUCGGCCGGGAUUUGUAUGGUUCUGUUAGAUUGGAUGCGCAGCAUCUCCUGUGGACACUUCAUAACGGGUAUACGUUAAAUCCUAAGAUUCCUAUCAGUCCGGGUAUGAAGAUCGCAGAAAUUGGAACUGGAACAGGUCUUUGGCUUUUGGACUUGGCAGAGCAUCUGCCAAAGACAAUACAGCUAGAUGGCUAUGAUAUCUCCAGUAGCCAGUAUCCGUCGGAAGCUGUCUUAGCUGACAACAUAAGCCUAAACGUACUUGAUGCCUUCGGAGAUAUACCCCCUCAUCUAGCAGGAAAGUACGACGUGGUCCACCUUCGGUUCUGGUGCUGCGUUGUGAAAGGUGACGAUCCUAGUUUGUUGAUCCGCCAUGCAAUGAAUCUGCUAAAACCUGGCGGGUAUAUCCAAUGGGAAGAGGCGCAUCUGGGACGAAAUUUCAUCAACGGCACCGUCGCCGAAGAAUUCGAACGCAUAGCUAAGACAAUUUUCACUGAUGCGAAUAUUAUUUUCAACUGGGUAGGAGAAAUCGACAAAUAUGCAGAGGCAGUUGGCUUAGAAGUAAUCGACUGCGCAACUAGCGCUUUUCGUCCCAGCCUUGUUCCAUUGUGUACAAAUACAUAUUUAUCCGGCCACGUUGAAUUGCUUCAGGCUAUACCGAAAUUGAAAGGUGGACAGCUUUCCAUUCUAAAUGAAAAGGAAUGUCGGCAACUGUUGUUUGAUCUGUUCGCAGAGACCAAAAAAGGAGCCAUCUAUCAUUGGCCUCCGGUGGCACUUUUAGCGAGAAAGCCCUCCUCUAAUAACUGAGAGGACCUGCUUAUGUCAUGGUGACUAGAAUAUUUGGAUUGACUUUCCAAAUGGUGUCUUUUUCAGUUGUCCAAACAACUGCCUUGCGGUCAAUGCAGAAGCUACAAUAUCAAAUAAUUUUAUAAGACAAUCUAAGAAUAUAUGCCAUCACAGUUCCGGCGGAGCUGUAAGAUACAAG